AUGAAGGCAUCACGAAAGUACAAUUUGAGUGAAGCAUCAUCAUCAAAAGCUGUUGACUCCCCCAGAAGAUAUCCAAACCCCUCGAAAACUCCAGAGGAUUCUCCAAAAAAUCCCCUAGACCAGACCUACGUCAAUCCACAGAAACCAAAAAAGAAAUUCCGAAAGAGUUUCUUCAUACAGAAGCAAAGAUCCUCAAUCGUCUCUCCCCCAUCAUCUCCAGCUCCCAAGUCCCCAAACCCAAAGAGAACAACCCCAAGAACCACCAAACAGACACCUCGAUGCUCCAUGAAGAUCCUGAACCCCAGGAAUCCCCCAAAAAUAAACUUUGACGAUAACUCCAUCCCCCAGAAGAGGAAAAAGCCGUCCCCCAGAGGCUGUAACUCCACUGACGACGAGAACUACCCCCACAUCGAGAAAAAGGCAAAAAGCCUGAGAAAAAAAAGGAAAUUGUUCCAUCUGAGUGAUUCCAUCGAGGAUCUGUCGGAGUUCCUGGAGGAAUCGACUGAAAGACACUCGGAGAAGCCAGAGAUCAAGAAGAAACCCCGAGUUAUUCAUGUGGAGUACUACAAGUCUCAUAAGCCCGUCGUCCCAAGUCUCCAGGUCAAUAACCCUGAGGAUAAAUCAUCAACGGAGGUGAACCUUACAGGAUUGUACUCAGACCUGGAUUUUUUGACCCAGGCUAAUGUUCGUAGUGAUUUAAACCCUUCACCUGGGGGUCGAGACACUUCAGAGACUUCAACAUGCACUCAAAAUCCUUUAAGAGAGUCAGAAAACAUGGAGGAGAGUCAAGACGGGCCAUCAGACCCUCAGAAAUCAUCAUUAGAACGUUCAGAAACUACUUUCGAAAAUCAUUGUCGGUUGAUCACAAAUCGUUCAUUAAAAAAUGAUGAUAUGAUGUGCCCCAAGACCAUCAUCACUCAGUGA